AUGGUGGGGCCGCGGAUGGCCUCUUCUUUUCCAGCGAUUGGUGUCUGGACCCCUUUGCUCCACCCCAGCCCGCCAUGGCGUCAGGCGCCGCAAAACCCGGGAGGUGGUGCCCACUUUAAGAAGUGAAGUUUUUCGCCCCCUCCCCCUCCCUGCCCACCUCCUGCAGCCUCCCGCGCCCUGCGCAGCUGGCGGAUGGAGCUGCGUCGCGGCGGCGUCGGGAGCCAGGCUGUGGGACGCAGGAUGGAUGGGGACAGCCGAGAUGGCGGCGGCGGCUGCAAGGACGGCGGGUCGGAGGACUAUGAGAACCUGCCGACCAGCGCCUCCUUAUCCACCCACAUGACAGCCGGAGCGAUGGCCGGGAUCCUGGAGCACUCGGUCAUGUACCCGGUAGACUCCGUGAAGCCUCUGCGUGGCAUCUUGCUUGCUCUAGUUCAUACAGAAACCAGAACCCCAGUCAAGCUCACCUUCCUGUCCCUGUCCUUCCAACCAGCGUGCUGUUCCCCACCUUCCUACUGUCAUAAGACACGAAUGCAGAGUUUGAAUCCAGAUCCCAAAGCACAGUACACAAGUGUCUACGGAGCCCUCAAGAAAAUCAUUCGGACUGAAGGCUUCUGGAGGCCCCUGCGAGGCCUCAACGUGAUGGUGAUGGGUGCCGGCCCGGCCCAUGCCAUGUAUUUUGCCUGCUACGAAAACAUGAAAAGGACUUUAAAUGCCGUUUUCCACCACCAAGGAAACAGCCACCUAGCCAACGGGAUAGCUGGGAGUAUGGCCACCCUGCUCCACGAUGCGGUAAUGAAUCCAGCAGAAGUCGUCAAGCAGCGCAUGCAGAUGUACGACUCACCGCACCGCUCGGCCCUUAGCUGCGUGUGGACAGUGUGGAGGACCGAGGGCCUGGGGGCCUUCUACCGGAGCUACACCACACAGCUGACCAUGAACAUUCCCUUCCAGUCCAUCCACUUCAUCACCUACGAGUUCCUGCAAGAGCAAGUCAACCCUCACCGGGGCUACAACCCACAGUCCCACAUCAUCUCAGGUGGGCUGGCCGGGGCCCUCGCUGCGGCCGCCACCACGCCCCUGGACGUCUGUAAGACCCUCCUUAACACUCAGGAGAAUGUGGCCCUCAACCUGGCCAACAUCAGCGGCCGGCUGUCGGGCAUGGCCAACGCCUUUCGGACGGUGUACCAGCUCAAUGGGUUGCCCGGCUACUUCAAAGGCAUACAGGCACGCGUCAUCUACCAGAUGCCCUCCACUGCCAUUUCCUGGUCCGUCUAUGAGUUUUUCAAGUACUUCCUCACCAAGCACAAGCUGGAGAAUCGAACUCCGUACUAAAAGAAUGGGCUGUGGGCCGUGAAUCUAGAAUCUUUUAUUUUUAAAAGGCUUUCCCUGCCUGCUUCCGUUCCCUUGUCCUCACACUGAGGCGAUUUUGGCAGGGUGUUUUCAGGGUGGGCCCUCUGCUCCCUGAUGCCUUAGAGAGAGGGGAACAGCGGGACAGCCGCUUACCUGAAGGCUGUCCGCAGGGAUAUCCAAGUUGGUAGGUGGGGAAAGACCAGAAGGGGAGCAAGAAAGGGCUUUUUUUCUCCCUUCCUCUGACAAGAAUGUAGCUUCUCUGCCUCACCGAAGCGGUCUCCAGGCUCGCAGUUCGCAUGAGAGGGGAGAAAAUGUGCAGUGACUGAAUACAUUAAAGAAAACAGAGAAUUCUGUAUAUAAAAGUUCCAGCACACAGUAUAAAAUAGAUGGAUAAUGUUUAUCCUUUAUUUUUCUAUGUAGAAGUUUUUGGAUUUGUGUGUGUGUGCCUGUGCGUGUGUACAGAUAGCGUGUUACAGCUGGGACUAUAAAGCUGUUUUUUUAAAAAAAACAGAGGGCUGAGUUCUUCCAUCGGGUUAAGUUAAAAAGGCGCCCAAGUGGUAAAUUGCUGAAUGCAGCUGAAAUUGUGUUGAGCCCCCCAGAUGGAAGUUUCACUUGAAUGUAAAAUAAUAAAGUUUAUAUUUUGAAUCUCUUUU